AGAAGACAAAGUUCUCUGGUUUUACAACAACCAACGUUUUGUCCAGAAGCGGGUUAUACAUUUUUUAAACCACAAAAUAAGGCUGAGAAUAUCUGCUGAGUUUGAACAAUGCCAGGUGACACAUUUCUAUUUUGACUUUCCUCUUUCACUUGAAGUAGCACUUGUCGCAACUCUCUAAGACUAUUUCACUCCAAUUUGAAGAUAACUGGCUCUGCCCCAAGAGGCGACGUCUCUCUUAUCACCCGCUGUGUUCGCAGAUGGUCACACGUAUAUAAGAGGCCCUUUCUCCACAGCACACACCAACAAACAGCCGGCAACAAGUACUGGAGAUCACCUCACUCCUCGUGCUUUGGUCAGAAUUCUUUAUCUUUCCCUUCGCGACAUUGUCAGAUUGUGACAGGAGAAAGUUCCUAUCCAGUUCUCUCUCUGGUCUUAAACGUACGUCACCGCUAGAGAGCGCCUGUGCCUGUCUUGUUCAGUCAGAAAACAGCACACAGAGAGGCUUCCACAGUUCCAGUGUCACGCCAAAACCUGACCACCUCUAACCAUGAAUGUUCUAGUUGUACUGGCAGCUGUGUUGGCCUGUGUGGCUUCUGAGAGCAUUGCGUUCAAAAACUGCACCAAGGUGACAAACCCCGGUAGUGCCGCCUCUGUGUCGCUGAGUCCCUGCACCAGCCAGCCGUGCAACUUCAAGAAGGGAGACACAGUCAUUGUGACCAUCGACUUCACGGCUCAGGAGACCUCGUCCACCCUCAAGGCCACUGUGUACGGCAUUGUGUUUGGCAUCCCUGUCCCCUUCCCCCUGCCCAACCCUGACGCCUGCACCAACAGUAACAUCACGUGCCCCAUACAGAAAGGCCAGAGCUACACCUACUCCUCCAACUUCAAAGUCCUGGACGAAUAUCCUGAUAUCAACGUGAUCGUCAUGUGGAGGCUGGACGGUGCGGUCAAUGACGUCUGCUUCACCUUCCCGAUGUCCAUUUCCGGCUGAGUGGACAAGGUGACGUCACAGGGGGUGAUCCAGGAACUGACCAAGAACAACAGAUCUGGAUGUGAUUGUAGAAGCAGUGAAAUCCUGGAGUGUAGUUCAUAAAGUCAAACGAGAGGACGAUAUCUUUACUGGGAUCUACUACCGGAUUGGGAGGGGGGAGUUUUGUAUGAGGAAGGGUGCAGAGGGGAGGUUAGGAAGAGUGGUUUUGCCAUAUUAUAAGUGCAGUGUAUUUUUUGUACAUGUGUGGUUAUGGAAAUAAGAGAUUGGGGGGGGGGGGUGUUUAAUAAAGUUGUUCCUCUUUUAAUUUCUAUGUUUCUUGGGGGGGAGGGGAGUGGUUAAAGAUUUUCUUCUUUUUGUAAAAUAUAUUUUGGUGGGCGUUUUCUUUGAAUUUCAUUUUGUUAUUUUUGUUACUUGUAUUGAUGACGGAAUAAAGUACGGAAGAUUUUUUCAAAUA